AUGUCAGCAGCAAAACAGCAAUCUGACAGCAGCCCUGCUCAUAACGUAGUAAAGCUCAAUCUGCUCAUUCUCUAUUGCUUCCUCCCAGUUGACCCUUUUCUUCCGGUACACCCCAGAGCGCCCAAAAUAUACCAAGCCCAUCUGAUUUCUCUCCACCGUCUGCUAAGGGACUUUCUAAUUCGUCUUUCGUUGGAAACUUACGAAUCACGGUUUCACAAUGUGCACUUCGUUUUACAUACAGUAUACCUGUGGGUGCAGAAAAGAGAUGGAGUUCGUCCAGUGCGCCGAGCGUCAAGGGACGAAUGUGAAAUGCAAAGACUCACCUGCCAGUCUGCCAUGUUUAAUUAAUAUAGUUUAAGUACGGCUGAGCGGACGGGAAGCCCUAUUCUCUACACCCUAUGGUUAUAUGUGACAGUUGAAACAGCAAAUAGCAAAGUAUUCUCUAACCUGGGAUAGAAGCUGUACAGAGUCGUUCCAUUCAUUGUGAUUCUGCCAUGGCAACCUCUCCUUCAUCACUGAACACAACUGGACAAUCUGCCGAAGGUCCUC